AUGGGAAUGACAGAAUUACCUAAGGGAGGAAAAACAAUUGGAGUAAAGUGGGUUUACAAGACUAAGUUUAAUGAAAAUGGAGAAGUAGAAAAGCACAAAGCUUGGCUUGUGGCAAAGGGUUACACACAACAGUAUGGGGUAGAUUAUACUGAGGUUUUUGCACCUGUGACACGUAUGGAAACAAUUCGGUUGGUAGUUGCACUUGCAGCUCAAAAAAGUCGUAUAGAAGCAUAUUUCAUGAAGGAAGUCUUUGAAAAAUGUGACUAUGAGCAUACCUUGUUCAUCAAAACUAACAAGGAAGGUAAAGUUUUGAUCGUUAGUUUAUAUGUUGAUGAUCUAAUCUUUAUUGGCAAUAAUGAAUUAAUGUUUGCUGAGUUUAAACAUUUCAUUAAGCAUGAGUUUGAUAUGACUAAUCUUGGUAAGAUGAGAUAUUUUCUUGGUCUUGAAGUCUUGCAAAAAUCUGAUGGUAUUUUCAUAAGUCAGAAAAAGUAUGCUUUAGAGGUACUCAACAGAUUUGGAAUGGACAAAAGUAACUCUGCUUUUAAUCGUAUUGUUCCUGGUUGGAAGCUUGUGAAAGAUGAAGGGGGAGUUAAGGUAGCAAAAAGGGUGCUAGGGUAUCUAAAAGGAACAAUUGAUUUUGGGAUUUUCUAUAGGAAGGGAGGAGAUGAUGAACUUGUUGCUUACACUAGCAAUGAUUAUGUUGGAGAUUUGGAAGAUCGAAAGAGCACUUCAGAACGCUACUCCCUCCCCUCCUACGAAGUCCGACCAUCUCUCAAAACCAUCUCGGAUUUGAAACAAAAUCUCGAGAACUUAGCAGCACAGUUGAUCUCCAGAAAGAAAUUCGCCUUCAGAAACGAACCCACCAAAACCCAAACCCAGAUCCCACAAAAUGGUGUCGUUUCAGCACCAAAUGAAGCAAAACCAAAGUCAAAUUUCCCUGUUUGUGAAUCCCCGGGUUAUCGAGAUAAACAAAACGAAGUAUUGUUCCGAGGCUUUAAGGGUUCCGAAAUUGGAGAGUUUACGUUAGCGGGUUUGGACUCGUGUGAGGUGAGAUUAGUGGGUUGUGUGAACGCUCUUUUUGUUAAUAAAUUAAAGGGUUGUAGAGUUUACGCGGGUCCUGUGACGGGCUCGAUUUUGAUUGAAGAAGUUGAGGACUGUGUGUUGAUUUUGGCUUCGCAUUGAAUUAGGAUUCAUUUUUGCGAAAAGUGUACUGACUUUUAUUUGAGAGUUAGGAGCAGACCGAUCAUUGAGGAUUGUAAUGGGGUCAGAUUUGGGCCGUAUUGUUUGAAAUAUGAAGGGAUUGACAAGGAUUCGGAAGCUGCCGCGUUGAGCAAGGAGACAGGGAAUUGGGGCAAUGUGGAUGAUUUCAUGUGGUUGAGAGUUUUUCAAAGUCCCAAUUGGUUGGUUUUGCCGGAAGAGGAGAGGCUUGAGACUGUUGAUCUGGCGGAUUUGGGAUGUGGGAAUGGUGCAAGUUAG